UUUGUUGAGCGCGCCAAACUAAUUUUGAUGCUACUUUUUUUCUUUCUUUUUCUCUCUGUGAUGUGCAUGGCCCCCGGCAGCGCCCGGAUGCCGGUAACAGUGGGGUGCAUAUUCGAUGGAGACGCCAUGGUGUGGCGCGUAUUCGUAUACAAAGUCGGGGACCACCAUGUUGCGUAGUGACUACGGGCGUCGGGGACGGUCGCGGAGGAUGCGGUGGAGCUGUUUCCAUUGCGCGAACUCGAUAGUGCUGCUUCACAGUACAGGACAGUGAAGUGUAGAAGACCGAGUCCGAGCGAGGUAGCUAACGGGUAGCUGAUUACAUGAGGCCAGCAUCGACGCCUCCCAAGUCCGUAGUGCCCACUGCCCAGCAACGAAACAAGAUGGAUGCCGCGCGCACCCAAUCAAAGGGAGAGAAAGUGUUCCGCAGCAACAGCCGGCGAGCGUCAGCAGCAUUGAAGCGUGAAGGAACCAAGCCACGCACUUGUCACAACUGGCUGGGAUGUGCGAGCGAGUUCAAUGUUGGCAGAGGCUGGUGUGAGGCGGCACACGACACCUGACAGACUUGAAGAGGACGAUUGUUCUAUUUUGGCCGCGCUGCAGGUACUCGCACGCUAUACCGACCCCUGCGGAGCCCAUGAAGUCACUGAUGGCUUUUAGCUUUUCGGGGCGUGCCAUCAUUCCAAACACAGCCGCACCUCUUCCGUUCAUCCCGGUCGCUGACUGAAACCCCUUGUCCCUCUCAUUUAAUAAUGCUGCCCUCUCCGCAUCCUCGCUGUGGCUGCCUGCUAUAUCCACUUCUUAUUCCCCGUUUCCAGUAAAUCGUCCCCUUGCUCUUCUUAUUCUUCCCUCUCUUUUGAAUACCUUCUUUGGAAUUUGCCCUCUAUCUCCUUGCAUACACGUCUACGCAUUGUUAUUCUUGUUGGGGGCUACUACCGGAACUUCACAUCAUGAAGUACCAACUUCUAACGGCUUCGGCCCUCACAUGCUUAGCCACUUCUUCCUCAGUCGGCCGCAGAGAACUCGAGGCCAAUGCCGCAUACGACGCGCUAGAUGUCCUGCGACGCGCAACUCCUCAGGCUCCUAACGGAUACGCGCCAGCCCAGGUCGACUGCCCUUCUAACAAGCCUACCCUGCGCGUGGCAUCCAACCGCGCAUCCAAUGAAGAAUCAGAAUGGCUGAGGAGUCGAAGACCGAAGACCGUGCAGCCCAUGAAGGAAUUCUUGGGUCGCUCAAAUAUCAAUGGCUUCGAUGCCGCUGCCUACAUUGAAAAACACAAAGACAAUGCUACCGCGCUUCCCAACAUUGGCAUUGCCUUCUCCGGUGGUGGCUACCGUGCUAUGCUGAAUGGUGCUGGCGCCGUUGCUGCCUUUGAUAGCCGCACCCCAGACUCCACAUCCAAUGGCAAGCUGGGUGGCUUGUUACAGUCCGCAACCUACAUCGCUGGCUUGUCGGGCGGUGGAUGGCUGCUGGGAAGCAUCUACAUGAACAACUUCACUUCCAUCCAAAACAUUAUUGACCAAAACGAUGACGGUGACGUUUGGCAAUUGGACAGAUCUAUUUUCACAGGACCCAGGGAAGGCGGUAUUCAAAUUCUCAACCAGGCCGAUUACUGGAGAAAUUUGGUCGACUCGGUCGAUAGCAAGGAAGAUGCACCCGGUAUUUUCAAUGCCUCCAUCACCGAUUACUGGGCGAGGGCUUUGAGUUUCCAGUUCGUCAACGCCACCGAGGGUGGCCCAUCUUACACUUGGUCAUCUAUCCAGGACGACAACGAUUUCAAGAACGCCGACGCUCCCUUUCCUAUACUUGUGGCUCUUGAGCGUGCUCCCGGAGAAGUUCUCCUUUCCACUUCGGCGACGAAUAUCGAAUUCAACCCCUACGAGAUGGGUAGUUACGAUCCUACGUUGAACGCGUUUGCUCCUCUCAAGUACAUCGGGACCAACUUCAGCCAAGGCAGUGUUCCUGAUGGGCAAGGCUGCGUUCGCGGUUUCGACAAUGGCGGCUUCGUCAUGGGCACGAGCUCUUCGCUGUUCAACAACAUCAUCCUCAGCCUCCCCACCGGCGAAACUAUCCCCGACUUCCUCAUGAAUGCAAUCAGAGGCGUCCUGGGAUCCAUUGGAGAUAACAACGAUGACAUUGCCGACUACUCGCCCAACCCGUUCUUUGGCUUCAACAACGAUACAAACCCCAGCGCGCAAACCUCGCGCUUGACCCUCGUCGACGGUGGAGAGGAUCUCCAAAACAUCCCCUUGAUCCCGCUCAUCCAGCCGCACCGCAACGUCGACGUCAUCUUCGCCAUCGAUUCCUCCGCCGAUACCGUUGACCCUGCCGGUCCCAACUGGCCCAAUGGCACCUCCCUCGUAGCAUCGUACCAACGCACAACCAACACUACCAUGCAAAACAACACUGCCUUCCCUCACAUUCCAGACACCAACACGAUGGUUAACCUAGGCUUCAACAACCGCCCCACCUUCUUCGGCUGCGAGGUCGGCAACCUCACCGGAUCCGGCGCAGGUCCCCUUCUGGUCUACAUCCCCAACGCCCCUUACGUCUUCGAAUCCAACACCUCCACCUUCACCAAACUCUCCUACACCAACAACGAGCGCAACGCCAUGAUCCAGAACGGCUACGACGUUGCCACCAUGGCCAACUCGACGCUCCCCGGUCACGAGGAUUGGUCUACGUGCGUUGGAUGCGCUGUUCUUUCGCGAUCUUUUGCUCGCAACGGCGAAAACGUUCCGGAUGCGUGCACGCAGUGCUUCACAAAGUACUGCUGGAACGGCACUCUUGCUUCCAACAACCCUUCCGCCGCGUACAGCCCUGACAUGAAGCUGGCCGCUAUCGAUACCCAGAGUGCUGCUGUUGGAAGAUUCACCCCGAGUUUCGGAGCCGUGGCUGCGGUUGCCGUCGCUGGAUUCAUGGUCAUGAUGUAA